CGCACCAGACAAGUAAGAUGGCAGACAGUGACUUAAGUAUGCAGUACGAACAGCAGCAGGUAAUGAUUGACCAGCUGAAGGCAAUGAUCAGGGAACGAGAGGAAGCCUUACUCACCAAAGAUAAGGAGCUGCAAGAGGUAAAUUCAAAGUUUUCUAAGUUAAAACUGCAGGCGAAGGCACGCAUAGCCAAGGAAGCUAAGACUGGAGCCGCAAAGGAAGCUAAGACUGGCGUCACAAAGAAGUCUUCAGCGGAGGCAGAUGGAGAAACUAAGGAUGGUGAAGGAAAGUCUGAAUCAGCAUCGAGUGACAAAGUCCAAAGAGCUAAGAUGUUAAUGUUGACUAAGAAACUAGAGGAACGAGAGAAGGCAAUAGUGGAGAAAGAAGAGAUUAUUACAUUUCGAGAUCAACAGCUGGAGUCGAAGGUUCACCUAAUACAUGAACGGGACGAAAUGAUACAAAGACUGACAGAACAGCUGGAGGAAAGCUCCAAGUUGGCAGGACAAGCAACAGCAUCAGGAGAUGAGUCUAGUUCAGAGAUUCAGCAGAUGUACGCACAGGUUGUUUACAAAGACAAGAAAAUCCUUGACCUCAACAACAAGAUUUUAGAACAAGAACAAAAAAUGAUGGAUGUCCAGGAAUUUGUGUCGGAAAAGGACGAGGUUAUCCGAGGGAGGGAUAAAGUUGUCAAGAUCCUGCAGACCACCAUUGAAGAGACAGAACAGCGAGCCACCAGUCAGGCUCUUCUAAUUGCUAAACUUUCUGCAAAGGUAGAGGACAGCGAGGAGACCCUUUCACACUACAAGGAACAGGUUAAUAAAGCUGAUCAUAACUUAAAACAGGAAUCGGACAAAUUCAAUCUUCGUCUGCAAGAGACACAAAAAUAUUUCGAGGAAACUGUUCAAGAGAGAGAAGCAGAAAUAAAGAAACUUAGAGCAGAUGCGUCAAAGAAGGAUGAAGAAAUUCUCACACGAGAGAAUGAUCUAAGGGAAUUGAUAUCAAAACAUGAGAAAGAUGUUCAAAGAAUUAUGGCUCGGGAUGAAGUGAAUAUUCAGGAUCAUGUGCUUCAAAUGCUAGAACAGAAGUUAAAAGAUACAAACUCUGUCCUUGAUGGGAAAAUCAAGGUCAUAGAAACACUGCAACUGGAAAUAAGUGAAAAAGACAAACAGAUAGCUGAGAGUUAUGACAUCCAGAAAAGUUUCAAGGAAAAAUUACAAGUGACUUCUGAACAAUUAAUGUUAGCGCAGGCAGAAAACUUAGACAUGGAGGUACAGUGGCGAGAUGAAAAGAAAAAAAUGGAUGAAAAAUUCCGAGACUUAUUGGAGAAACAUGAAAUGGAAAAGACAGAAAAAGAAAUGAAUUUACAGACAAUGCAAAGUCAUUUGUCCCAGUAUCAAACUGCUUAUACACAAGCCGUAUCUCAAUAUAAUGCACUACAAAGCCGUUAUCAGCAUUCCAUCAGGCCAGGUGGUGCCGUAUCACAAAGUACAGUGCCACCAACGGAACCACUUGUGGAUCCAGUUGCUGAAUCGAAUACAACUCUCGUCAAGGAACUCCAGCAGAGUUUGUUAGAGAAGGAAAAAGAACUCUCUCAAUUGAUGUCAACACAAACUCAGCUUGAAGAGACGAAAGGGCUGUUAGCAGAGAGAGAGAGGGUGUUAGCUGAAAAGGAGGUGGAGUUGAAGGAGGCCAGGAAAUCAACCGAAGGAAGCGGUGCUAAGACUGAUGCUAAGGGGCUCAAAGACAAGGCAAAGCUCACAGCCAAAGUGAAAGCUCUGGAGAAGGAAAUAUCACAACUGAAAAAGGGUGGUGAGGUGUCCUCAGAACUGGAAUCCUUGAAGAAGACGAUAGUGGAGCUUGAGGAGGAGAAAGCGAGAGCAGAGAGCGAGCUAAAAGAGACCAAAUCUGUGGUAGAGGGACUGCGGACAGAGAUGUCGGAACUCUCUCUCCAGUUGUCAGCUGUGACAGAAGAGAGAAACAGUCUCAGUCUGGUGAAUCAGGAUUUACAGGAAACAUCCCAACAGAUAUCUGAACGGGAACAGGCUCUGGAAGCUGAAAGAGGGACAAACAAACAGCUGAAGGAUGAGAUAAACAGUCUGCGGACACUAUGUAAAGAAGCAGAGAGUAAGGCUGACGAGCUGGACCUGAUGACUAAGAGCUUGUCCACUGACCUUCAGACUGCUCAACAGACUGCACAUGAGAAAGAGGCAGAAUGGACAUUAAAAUUAGCAGCACUGGAAGAGCAACUUCAAACAAAGCAGGAGCUUCUGGAAACAGAAACACAGAAAAAGGAGGAAGCAGAAAAUAACAUACAACAUCUACAGCAGGAAGCUCUUGUUGUUCAGCAACAGCAGCAAGCAGUUCAGGAAAACCUGCAGCAGUCCAUGGGAGAUGCUGGAUCCUUGAAACUCACAGUUGCCUCGUUAACUGCUGAUCUAGAUUCUAAAAUUGGACAAGUAGAAAGACUUGAACAACAGGUCACAGAAAUGGACUCUGCAAUGCAAGUACUUUCUAACAAACUGGAUGCAGAGGUGAAGUCUAGUGGCGAAGUUAAAAGUGAGUUAGAGAAGAGUAUAGAAAUACUCCAGUGUGAAGUAGCAGACCUUCAAAAGUCUGCUGCCGAAAAGGAUUCGGUGAUUAGUGAUUAUGAUUCUCAAAUGUCAGCACAUUCACAAGAAUUAAAGGACAGGUCUAGAGAGUUUUCAGAACAGCUUAAACAUGAAAGUGAAAUACGUGCUCAAUUAGAAUUAGAUUUAGAAGAAAAGCAAAGGAUAUUAGCAGAAAGGAGUCAGUCAUUUUCAAGUGAGUUAGAAAGUCUUUCAUCCAAACUUUGUCAAAAGGAAGCUGCAUGUCAGCAGAAUGAAUCUGAAGCUAAUUUACUAAGAGAAACUCUUCAAAAUAAUGAAGGUGAGAAAGAAAACCUGCAGGAGCAAUUGUCCAAAUUAACCUGCGAAAUUGAGGAAUUGCAAAGUGGUCUUUCAGAAAGUAAAGCUAAGUGUGAGUCUUUGGCAAAAGAUGUAGAAAUUCUUAAAAGCGAUUUGAGUAAUGCUACAACUUCUGUGGCAGAUUUGUCAAGUCAAAAUGCUUCCUUAGAACGUAGUUUAGAAGAAUCGGUGAUUGUUUGCCAAGAAAAGGAAAAGACAUUAGAGCUACUUACUUCAAAUGUGGAGGAUAGCAAAAGUGAAUUGCAAAACCUUAACAAGCAGAAAGAGGAACGGAUGCAAAAUCUUCUGGAGGAAAUAGCCCGUGCUGAAACACAGAUUAAAGAAAGUACUUUAGAGCUUAAUGCUUUGAAAUCUGAGUUGGAAAUGAAGAAUUUACAAUUAAGUGAAAAUGAGAAUGCUUUAGAAAAAUAUAAGGAAAGGACUAAAGAAUUAGAUGAAAAGUUAGCUUCUGUUUCUAGUGAAUUUUCAAAUGCUGAAAAAAGUGCUUCACAAACUAUUGAGAGUCUAUCGCAGGACAAAGUGUCAUUACAACACGAAAUGAGUCUCCUAGAAGAAAGUUCCUCAAAAUUACAGGAAGAAAAUGUGUCUGUUAAACAAAGAUUGGAAGAUCUUUCAAAGGAAUUUUCAUUAGUUCAAACCACAGUGCAAUCUCAAAAUGAGGAAAUGGAAGUGAUUCGGGAACAAUUGAAGGAGUCUAAAAAUUUGUGUCAGGCAACAGAGGAAGAACUUCGUACUUCAGUUGCAGAACGAGAUGUGUUACAAGACAAAUCACAGUGCUUACAACAGGAGAAGGAUUGUCUGUCAAGCCAGGUUAGUGAAUUAAAAAACUCUCUGCAGGAGACUAGAGAGCAGCUGGAAAAGGAGAUAAGUGUUUCAAACAAAAAGCAGUCUGAAAGUGCCAAAAUGAUAGAAGAUUUGAGUUUACUCCUGAAGAAACAGUCUUCAUCCAUUGAAGAUAUUUUAACAUAUGUUCAGGAAAAAAAUCAGGAAAUUGGCCAAGAGAACAAUCAUGUGCUGCUGCAAGACUGUGAUUUAGAGAAACAAAAAGAAUUUAUCAUGGACACUGUUUCUUCAUUUGGUGAUGAAAUCCUUCAACUAAGAACAUCUGAAAGUAAAUUGAUGUCACAGGGCAUGGAAAAAGACAAUCAGAUAGUGAUACUAGCUAGUCAAAUAGAACAAUCUGUCCAUAAUUUUCAAUCUGUUGAUUCCAAGUUGGCAGCUCUUCAAAAAGAAACAGUUGAAAAAGAACAGACUAUAAAGGACUUGAGAAAAAGUGAUGAUAUGUUGAGUGAAACCAUAAAUAGGAUGGAGAAAACGGUGGAAGAACAGCGUCUAGCUGGAGAACAAUCAAAUCUAGAACUCAGCAGUCAGUUAAAACUUGUGACCGAUGAAAAGCUUGCAAUAGAAAAGUGCCUGUCAAAUGAAGUUCAGAAUCUUCAGAUGGAAAAAGAGAAUUUGGCAAAGGAAAUGAAUGACAAUAUACAGGCUUUAAUGCUGGAGAAGGAGAAGAUGUUUGAAUCAUUAUCAGAAAAGAUAGCUGCUUUAGAGGAAGGCAGAAACGAAAUCACAGUUCAGCUGUCUGACAAGAUCCAAGUUCUGUUGAUGGAAAAGGGGAAAUAUUCUGAUGAAUUGGAAAACAUAAAAAGAGAGAAAGAAACGUUGACAUUAAAGUUUGACAGAUUGAAACAGGAGAAAGAUGAAAUUGAAAAGAUUAACACAGAGCAGGAGAGGCAGUUAUCUACUGAACUGGAGGCACUAAAGAUAGAGAAAGCUGACUCAGUCAGAUCAUUGGAGGAGAGAAUAGAACUUCUGACAACGGAACAUACCAAGGCCAUAAUGGAAUGUGAUGCCCAUUUACAAACUCUCAGACAAGAGCAAGAGGAGCUCACUACUCAUUUGAAACAAGAAUUUUCAGAAAUGAAGCAACAAAAGGAAGAGGUGAUAAGGAACCAGAAGGAUAUGGAGAAGGAAAAAGAAUGUGUCACACAGCAGCUGUCUGAUCAGGUCAAUACUCUCACAAAAGAAAAGGAAAUUCUCUCACAGUCCUGUGUGGAGCUAGAGUCAUUACUCUCUAACAAAGAGGAAGCGGUACAGUCCAUGAAAGGUCACAUCAAAGAGCUGACAACUUCCUUGGAAGAAACCAUAGAGCGUUCUAAAACUGUAACAGAAGAAAAGGCAGAAGAAAUUGACAAGCUCUUGAAGGAAAAGGAAUUGAUUGAAGAGAAACUUUCAGUUACAGAAAGAGGGCAUGAAGAAAAAGUUCUGCAAUACUGCAAUGAAAUCAAGUGUCUUAAAGAAGAAAAUGAGUUUUCAAAGUCAGGUUUGAAUGACGAAAUUCAGUGCAAGACUCUUAUUGUAGAAGAACUAGAAGCUAAACUUCAGAUGUCUCAGAAAGAAAUGUUAGAUAAAGAUGAAAGCAGCAAAAGGGCUUUGGGGGAUUUUGAAAAAUUGUUGACUGAAAAAGAGGAAAUUAUUUCUACUGUACAACAACGUUUCAGUUCAUUGGAAGAGGAAAAAGAUCAUCUGCAGAUCAAGUUGAGGGAUGUUAUAUCAAAUCAUGAGGAAAGUGGAAAGAAACACAUGGCAGAGUUUGAAGAGUUCAAGACUGAGAAGGAGGAAUUAAUAAAUAGUCUCAGUGAGAGAAUCACAAUAUUUGAAUUGGAGAAAGGAAGACUUUCAGCUGAGUUGUCGGAUAAAAUCAAAAUGUACGAGUCUGAGAAAGAGGAUUGUCUGAAGGAGCAUGCAUCAGAGAUUAAAGGAAGACAAGAAGAGCUGGACAGUGUUGUAGAGAAGCUGCAAACAAACAUUCAGGUUUUGGAAAAAGAAAAAGAGCAACUAGCACUUAAGAACAAGGGUACAGUUGACCAGAUGUGGAAAGAAUAUCAAUCUUUGCAGGCCGAAAAGGAAAAGACCAUUCUUUCUCUUGAGGAGAAACUAAAGUAUGUUGAAGUAGAGAAAGAUAAAGUAAUGCUGGAUACCUCAACAACGAUAAAAGAACGAGAUGAAACAGUAAAAACACUUGGGGAUGAUUUGGCCAAGCUAGAGGAAGAGAAAGUGAAGAUUUCUCUUGAAAUGGCAGAGAAAUUACAGUCAUUGAAGGAGAAAAAAGACAACAUUGAAAAUUCUCUAUGCACUGAGUUAGAUGCACUAAGAAAAGAAAAGGAUGAAAUGAUGCAAAAUUUGACAGAAAGAAUGGGAAAAGUUGAACAUCAAAAGGAAGAACUUUCCAAACAUUUUGAUCAGAAAAUAAAGCAGAUGACUGAGGAAAAAGAGAACAUGUCAAAGGACUUCCAUAAUUCAAUAUGCUUACUUAAAGAAGAGAAAGAGGAUCUUGAAUUAAAAUUAUCAAUACAGGUGAAAAUGUCAGGAGAUGAAAAAGAAAAUACAAAACAGCUUCACUGUGAAAUAGAAGAUAUUAGAUUAAAGAUGGAGAAAGCAACAUCUGGAAUGCAAAAUGAGAUAAAAGAUAAGCAAUCAGCCAUUAUAAAUCUACAAGAGAGCAUUGACGUUUUGGAACAGGAAAAGCAGGAAUUAGUUCAGUCCUCUUCUGCCCAGCUAGAGAAAUUGUCAGAGGAAACAGAAAAAGUGAUCAAGGAGCUAAAAGUGUCCUUGGCAACUGAAAUAAACAGUGGAAUGGAAGUGACAGAGAGUUUAUCAUUGGAGAUUAUGAAAUCUUCAGAAUUAGAAGAAAAGCUAGAAAUACAGUGUAAAAAGAAUGCUGAAUUGACGUCUGAACUUGGUGCUUUGAAUGAAGAAUUAAGGUCUUUGGAUUUGAAAAGAUGUGCACUUGAAGACCAGCAUGUUGUUGAUGAGAGCAUGAUUACACAAUUGAAAGAAACAGAGGUUAAAUUGAAUGGAGACAUAGAGUCAUAUAAGUGCAAGUUGUGUGAGGUUGAGACGGAAUUAUCGUCAUCAAAGAAUGCAGAGGAACUUAUGAAAAACAACUUGGGAAAAGCUCAUCGUAAACAAGAGGAAGCAAAUGCAGAACUUUCAUCAACAGCUUCUGCUUUAUCACAGUCACAAAAGGAAUGUGAAACUUUGAGAUCUGAAAUGGACAAGACCAAAUUCAAGUUUGAGGAUACUGAAAACACACUGCAGAAAAUGUGUUCUGAUGUUUCUUCAGAAAGAGAUACACUGCUUCGCCAAGUUGAUCAGUUGUUGGAAACUGCACAAAGAGACUCUAAAGAGAGGGAAAUUUUAUCUCAAAAAUUGGAAAAUUUGUCUGCUACUUCGACUGAAACCAGUAAAGAGAAAGAUGAAGUUUGUCAAAAACUGCAAAAUACAACUGAAUUGAUGAAUGAUAUUUGUCAAGAAAAGGAACGCCUGUCUCAAGACUACACAGCAUUAACCAAGGACAACCUUAUUCUGUCUCAGAAAGUAAAUGAUUUACAAAUUAAGUUGAAUGAAGAUGCAGAAAUUACACAGAAGGAAAUUGAAGCUUUAGCAUGUAAAAACACUUCUCUUCAGUCAAACAUUGAGGAAAUAAGUAACACAUUAUCAAGGGAAUUAGAUGAGAGGAAGAAUUUGGAAACAAAACUUGAAAGCCUUCAACAUGAAAGAGACACUUCAGUGGCCACAUUGGAACAAGAAGUCACACUCUUACAACAGAAACUGGCUAAUUCUGAAGGAAGGGCAACUGAGCUCGAAAAAACACUUGAUACCUUGCAGACCGAGAUGACUAACCUCACAGCAUCCCACAACACACUGAACACAGAGUUUCAACAGGUCACAGAGCAAUACAUGCAAGCAGAAACAGCUUGUUUGAAGGCUUGUCAAGAAAAGGAAGAGGCAAUUCAAAGGAAUGAAGUGACAGAAAAACAAAUACAAACCAUUUCCGAAGAAUAUAGACUGGCGAAGGAUGAAAACAUAGAUGUUAGAAGACAACUUGAGAAUGUGAAAGAUGACUAUGUGGCUGUUGCAGAAGAUUUGAAGUCUUCAAAUAUUGAACUGCUUAAUAGAAAUUCUACUGUUUCCAUAUUGGAGAAAGAUUUGGCUACCUUGACAUCAUCUUUUGAGUUAGUAAAAACAGAAAAAGACGAUCUCUCACACAUGCUGCAAAAGAAGGUAGAUGAUCUUAAAGCAAUGUGUGAUGCCAAAGAGGAGCUUGCUGAAGCAUUAGAGAAAAUGGGAGCACGACUUCAAAAAAAGAGGGAAAAAUUGGACGAUGUCACAACUUCCUUAACGAAAGAGAAACAAGAACUCCAGUUAAGUCUAGAAGCUGUGGAAAAAGACAAAGAUAUUUUGACACUUAAACUGGAUGCUGCAGAGAAAGAUAUGAAAUGCAUUACCGAAGAUAAACAGACCAUUGCAGGAACAUUAAAAAGUCUUAAUAGUGAACUUGUAAGUAUAUCUGAAAAAUUGGCCAAAGCAGAGACACUUCUAGAUGCUGCAAACCAAGAAAAAGUUGAAUUGAUAAGUGAAUUGAGCAGUGCAAAAACAGACAAUGAAGAAUGCAACAGACAGCUGGAUGAACAAAGCAAUCUAUCUGAAGACAUUGAAAGACAAAGGACAAAAAUGGCAGAAGACCUGAACAAAGCAAAACAGGAUUUGAAAAGAACUAAUCAGUCCUUAGAGGAAGCAAAAUCUGAGCUUGAAGAUCAGAAAACAUUGAUGCAGCAGAAUGAAAAAGUAAUAGAGAAGGUGGAGAAGAAUUUACAAGAGGUAUUGGAAGAAAGAAGAAUUCUGAGUCAACAGUUAGAUGAAGUAAAUAACAAUGUGGAUCAAUUAAAGCAAACUUGUACCGAAAAGCAGAAAGAAAUUGAUGAUCUUUGCACAGUACAUCAGCAAUUGAAGGAAACAAAUACAGAUUUAUCGAAAGAUGUUGAGGAAAACAGAAAGGUUAUUGAUGGAUUGGAAGCCACCAAAGAUGAUCUCAGUCUGAAGACAGAAACUUUGCAAGCCAGUAUUCUAUCACUUAAAGACAAUCUUCAGCAUAUGGAAAAGCAGCGUAAAGAGCAGCAGGAAGAGAAAGAUGAAUUGAUGUUGAAAUUGAAAGAUGCAAAUGAUGAAAUACAGUCCUUGGUAACCUCAUUGCAUUCGAAGGAAGACAAUUUUGCAAAAUUGGAACAAGAAUUGUCAGCUUUAUCACAGGAAUAUGUCUCAGUAAAAACAACUCUAUCAAAUUUACAACGGGAAAAAGAAAGCUUGUUAAAUGAGAGUGAACAAAAUUCGAAUGAAUUAAAGCAAAACUGUGAACAACUUGAACAAAGAGUUUGUGAAAUGGAAUCAGAACAAGCAACACUUACAUCAAGUCACGACAAAUUGAAUAUUGAGCUAGGGAACGUAGAAGCAGAGCUAAGCAAGAGGAGAGUAGAAAAAGAGAGGAUAGAGCAAGCUCUGAGGGAAUCAGUAGACAGCUGUCAUGGAUUGACUGAAGCACUACAAGAGGCACGAGAUGUUACACAGAGUAAACAGGAUCGUAUAAACGAAAUAGAAAAUUUGAUGUCAGAGAAACAAAAUGAAAUUGUCAUGAUGAAGGAAAGUGAAAUGGAAAAGAUGGAUUGUAUAUCAGAGCUUACGAAACAAGUAGAUAUGCUUACAAAACAAAUUCUUCAAGAUGAACAGGAAAUUAAUUCAGAAAGAGCUAUCACCAGGAAAAUUAUUCAAGAAACGAAAUGUCAGGCAAGAACUUACUGUGAGGAAAGACAGAAUCUUCUGAACAUGCAGAAAUCAAAGGAGCAGGUUUUGGAGCAAGAGUUAGUGGAUUGGUCAACCAAAGUAUCAACUCUGUUGACAGAAAUGAAACACAUUCAGGAUGCUAAACAUGACGCUGAGACAAAGCUUGAAUGUGUUCACACAGAAAACAAUCAACUACAUCUGCAGAUUGCAGACAUCCAAAGUCAGGUUUCAGCACUUGAAUCAGAAAAGAGAAAUUCAACAACACUGCUGGAAGAUUCAUUUCAGCAAAGGAUUAGUAUUGAGAAGGAAAAGGAAGAAAUCUUUCAACAGAUGACAGUCAUGCAAACUCAGAUUGCAAAACUUGAAAAAGACUCCACUGAGCAAAUUCAGUCACUUCAAGAGGACAGGCAUCAGUUGUCAGAACAGUUAUGUACAUUCCAAAGUCAAGCAGCAGCAUUAGAGUUAGAAAAGAGGAAUUCUGAGUCAGUCUAUGAGGAACUUUCCACUAAGCUAAAAUGUCAAGAGGAAAGUCUCCUUCAGGAACAGUCUAAUGCUGUGGUAGCAAAGACAGAAAAUGAUGAAUUGAAUUUUCAGAUUAACAAACUGAAGGAAUUUCAAGCUGAUCAACUAGCACAAAUCAGUAUUCUAGCAUCUCAAUGUGAGGACCUUGAAUCUUCUACCCAUGCUGAUAGAAAAGCUUUCAAGAAUCAGCUGAUGGAAAAAGAAAGACAGAUAGGAGAGGCCCAUGAUUUAUACAAAUCAAUGCAGACAAAAUCAGAGGAAUUGGGACAGCAGCUUCUUGAUUUGCAAAAGAAUCAUGCUACGGUUGAAACGGAAAAGAGAAACAUUGAGGUAUUGCUUGAGGAAAAAUGUGAAAAGUUGACUUCUGUAGAGAGCAAUAGGGAUGAACUAUCUUUGGAACUUGCCUCUAUCAAAGACCAAGUCAUAAUACUUGAAAUUGAACAGAAAAAGUCUUCAAUUCUCCUGGAAGAUACAGUUGAUAAAAAAUGUUCUAUUGAGGAUGAAAAAGCAAAGAUCACACAGGAACUAAAAGAACUGCAACAUAAAUUCACAGAACUGGAAAGGGAGUCUUCUCAUCAAGCAAAGACACUUGAGGAGGAAACACAUAAAUUAUCAGAGCAGCUAUCCACAUACCAAAGCCAAAUUGCAACACUUGAAUUGGAGAAAAGUACUGUUGAUGGAGUACAGGAGGAUCUUUCCAAUCAGCUGAAGUGUGUCCAGGAAAUUCUCCAUCAGGAACAAUCCAAUAUGGUUAAUGCAAAGACAGAAAAUGAUGAAUUGAAUAUUCAGAUUAACAAACUGAAGGAAUUUCAAGCUGAUCAGCAAGCACAAAUCAGUAUUCUAGCAUCACAGUGUGAGGACCUGGAGUCUUCUACCCAUGCUGAUAGAAAAGCUUUCAAGAAUCAGCUGAUGGAAAAAGAAAGACAGAUAGUAGAGGCCCAUGAUUUAUACAAAUCAAUGCAGACAAAAUCAGAGGAAUUGGAACAGCAGCUUCUUGACUUGGAAAAGAAUCAGGCUAUGGUUGAAGAAGAAAAGAUGAACUUGGAAUCAUUGCUUGAGGGUAAAAGUUGUCAGUUGACUUCUUUGGUAAAGGAAAAAGAUGAAAUGUCUCAGCAAUUAGUGGCAACUGAAAAUCAAGUGAAAGCUUUGGAAGCUGAACAGAAGAACUCAACAAGUCUACUGGAAAAUUCAUUCAGUCAAAAAUGUUCUAUUGAGGACGAAAAAGCAAAGGUCACUGAGGAGCUAGCUGCAUUGCAACUUCAAUUUACUGAUCUGGAAACUGAAUCGUCCCAGCAAGCAAUGACUCUUCAGGAGGAAAAACAAAAAUUGUCAGAACAAGUAUCCUCAUUCAAAAGCCAAAUUGCAACACUUGAAUCAGAGUUGAGGAACUCUGAGUUAGUAAAGGAGGAUCUGUCCCAACAACUUAAAUGUCUUCAGGAGAGUCUUCAUCAGGAACAAUCAAAUACAGUGGCAGUGAAGACAGAAAAUGAUGAAUUAAUUAUUCAGAUUAACAAACUGAAGGAAUUUCAAGCUGAUCAACAAGCACAAAUCAGUAUUCUAGCAUCACAAUGUGAGGACCUGGAGUCUUCUUCCCAUGCUGAUAGAAAAGCUUUCAAGAAUCAGCUGAUGGAAAAAGAAAGACAGAUAGUAGAGGCCAAUGAUUUAUACAAAUCAUUGAGGACAAAAUCAGAGGAAUUGGGACAGCAGCUUCUUGAUUUGGAAAAGAAUCAGGCUAUGGUUGAAAUUGAAAAGAGAAACAUUGAGUUAUUGCUUGAGGAAAAAUGUGAUAAGUUGACUUCUGUAGAGAGCAAUAGAGAUGAACUAUCUUUGGAACUUGCCUCUAUCAAAGACCAAGUCAUAACGCUUGAAACUGAACAGAAAAAGUCUUCAAUUCUCCUGGAAGAUACAGUUGAUAAAAAAUGUUCUAUUGAGGAUGAAAAAGCAAAGAUCACACAGGAACUAAAAGAACUGCAACAUAAAUUCACAGAACUGGAAAGGGAGUCUUCUCAUCAAGCAAAGACACUUGAGGAGGAAACACAUAAAUUAUCAGAGCAGCUAUCCACAUACCAAAGCCAAAUUGUAACACUUGAAUUGGAGAAAUGUACUGCUGAUGGAGUACAGGAGGAUCUUUCCAAUCAGCUGAAGUGUGUCCAGGAAAUUCUCCAUCAGGAGCAAUCUUAUAUGGUUAAUGCAAAGACAGAAAAUGAUGAAUUGAAUAUUCAGAUUAACAAACUGAAGGAAUUUCAAGCUGAUCAACAAGCACAAAUCAGUAUUCUAGCAUCACAAUGUGAGGACCUGGAGUCUUCUUCCCAUGCUGAUAGAAAAGCUUUCAAGAAUCAGCUGAUGGAAAAAGAAAGACAGAUUGUAGAGGCCCAUGAUUCAUACAAAUCAAUGCAGACAAUAUCAGAGGAAUUGGAACAACAGCUCCUUGAUUUGGAAAAAAGUUUCACAUCAGUUGUUACAGAAAAGAAUAACUUGGAAGCAUUGCUGGAAGAAAAAUGUUGCCAAUUGACUUCAGUUGAGAAUGAAAAAGAUGGAAUGUCACAGCAAUUAGCAGAUGUUCAAAUUCUUGUUGUAUCACUACAAACGGAAAAGAGUCACCUCGAAACAUUGGUUGAGAAUUAUAGCAGUCAACUGAAGACUGUUCACGAGGAAAAGGAUGGAAUUUCUCAGCACCUGGAAAAUAUUCAGAUGAAGCUGGCAUCUCUUGAGACAGAAAAGAAAACUUCUGAUGACUUGAUGAAGGAUUACAUCAGUCAACAGCAAUCUGCACAGGAAGAAAAUGAAAGCAUGAAUCAACAACUAGAAACUGUUAAAUCAGAUAUGGAAUUCCAGCUCAAGAAACUUUCAGAAGAACUUGAAACAGCCAGGAGAGAACAGAAAGAAACAGAAACGAUAUUGAACCAAAGGGAAAGUGAAACCAAUUCUCAGAUAAGUCUUCUUCAUGCAGAAACAUGCUCUGUGCAAGAGCAACAUGAAGCACUACAGAGCAUGUUUAGAAAACUUGUUUCUGAUCAUAAAACACUGACCAAAGAUUUGGAUAAGACAAAAGAACUGGUUGCAGAAAAAUCAAAAGAGAUACUGGAAAUGAAAAAUAAUCUGAUGGAAUCAACAGACAGUUUUCAGCAUAACCUUGCUAUUCUGCAAAGUGAAAAGGUUGAAUUACAAGAAAAUCUGCAGCAGCAGAAAGAGAAGUUUGGUCAAAACUUAGGUAUAUUGGAAGACGAAAACAACAAACUUCAGAACCAGUUUGUUGAUGCUAGAGAACAGUUGAGAGAUUUUGAAGCUCAGGUCACAGACGAAAGAACCACACACGAAACACAGUCAGUUGAUAUGGAGAAAAGAUUGACUGCACUUGAGGAUGAAGUAACGAAGAAAGAGACGGAGAUUACACACCUCAGGGAAAGCUUGAUGGAGAAAGAAAGGGAACUUAUUGAUGUUCAUGAUAUCAACACAAAAAAUGAACAUUUAACGGCAAAGCUUCAGGAGUGUCAACAAGAGAUGAUGGAGAAAGAAACCCAAAAUAGCAUACUCGUUCAAGAAACUUUGAACUCACAAAAUGCAAGAUAUUUAUCUGAAAUAUCCUAUGCUGCCGUUAUGAAGAAACUGGUUCAGGAAAAAACGGAAUCUAAGAGAGAGAGGGAUAUGGUGUAUAUGGAACUGACUGCCAAAAUUGAACAGAACACAUUACUACAAGACAGGCUAUCAGAGUUGGAGAAUUUCAAGGAAACCUUUGAAAUGGAUAGGAAAAAUCUCCAAUCUGAUGUUAAGGAUUGGUCUGAAAAAUGUGAGGGGCUCAUGAAGGACAUGGCACAAAAGAAUUCUGAACAUGAUGUUGUCCUCGAAGAAAGAAACAGUCUCCUGAAGCUACAUGAGAAAGAUGAAGAUGACCUGAAGUCACGAGAAAUAUCGUGUUUAGAGCAGAAUAGAUUAAUAGAAGAGCUGCGUAAUCUUCUUGACAGGAAAGAGGAAGAGAUCGUUUCUCUGAGGACGGCUUGUUCUGAUUCUCAUGUUGAGGUUGAAAAUUUGCGGUUAAAACUAGAAGAUACUGGUAGCCAGUUGGAGGGACAUUUACAAAGUAGAAAAUUGUUACAGAGUGAGAUAGACACUUUAAAAGACAACAAGAACAGUGAGUUGAAAGACAUGGAAUCAGAAAAAGCAAUGAUCAUGCAACGUUUGGAAGAAACAGAACAAAGGGUGCAGACAUUGGAAGAUGAAAAUAGAAGCUUGGCUGACAAUAUUGUAGACUUGAACAGCAAGGUGAGAUCUGCAGGUGAUGAAAUCAAGGUCGUCCUUGACAACAAAGAUGUUUUGGAACAACAGCUGGAACAAUAUGUGCUUGAUAAUGAACAGCUAGCAAAACAGGAUUAUAUUACCGAAUUACAGCAACAACUACUGGCAUCAGAAAUAGAGGGUCUUCGCCAGACUGCCGAGGAGAGGGAGGCUAGUCAUAAACAUGAUUUAGAAGACAAGGACAAACUGCUCACUUCUAGAGAUGAAGAAAUUCUCAGUAUCUCACAGAGGUUGCAGGAAACGGAGCAAUAUCUACGAGCUGAGAAGGAGGCACUUGAAGCUCAGCAAGUCGAGACAAAUGUGAAAGAUGAAACAUCAGAUGAAAAGGACAGCAUAGCUAAUGAGCUGAAGAAAUUCAAGAAAUUAUGUAAAGGAAAAGAUGCAAAGAUCAACAAACUGAUGAAAGAUCAAGAAGAGAAACUGGCUUCAGUCACUAAGGACUUGGAGGAGAAGAUCAUCAUUCAAAAAGCAGACCUUGAAAAAUACCAAACAUUACUGUUUGAGAAGGAAGGCUCAGAAACAGAACUGCAGAAACUACAAAAACUUGCCAAAAGUAGAAGUGUAAAAACCAAAAAGUUUGAAGAAGUUGUUGCUGAACAGGAAAAGAUUAUUGCAUCUAAAGACACAGAACUCUUCAUUAUUCAGGAGAGAGUGAAAGAGCUGGCAGAAAAACUUGAAGAUGCACAAUAUGAAGAGGAUGCACUCCGCAGCCAUCUGGAACAUGAGAGCAAAGGUCAGGAAGAGCUCAGACUUAAGUGUAAAAGUCUGCAAAACCAGAUUGAUGUGAUGAAUCGGGAGGCUCAUAUUGAAAAGAUGCAGAUAUCCAGCACUAUGUCUCAGUUAGAGCAGUGCCAGGUAGAAUCAGAUGAUAUGGCAGCAAAAUUGAUGGCAGAGAAGAAAGCUUUAGAUCAGUCUCUGACUGAAAAGUUAUCCACUGUCAACGAUCUCCAAGAAAACUUGACAUCAGCUCUUCAAGAGAAAGAUAGGUUGACCGUUGAACUGAAGAAGAUGCAGAAGAUUGUGAAAGGGAAAGAAGCAAAGUUGAAGAAAAUGGAUCUAGUCAUAUCUGAAAAAGAAGAACUGGUAAAAGUGAAAGAGGAUGCUGUAAAACAUCUACAAGUUCUAUUUGAGGAGAUGAAAGAGAAGUAUGAGGACACUGUGGAUGAGCUUGAGAAACUAGCGAGUGAGAACGAAAAACUACAGAAAGUUGGAAAAGGUAGGCAAAAGAAGGCCCAGAAGUUUGAAGAGGUUGUUGAGGCACAGGAAAGAGUGCUGGCUAGUAAAGAUACUGAUGUCAUUAUACUACAGGAGAGGGUGAAAGAUCUCACACUAAAACUAGAGGAGGUUGAGGAAGAGAGUGAAGAUGCCCAUUACCGCCUAAACGACAGUCAACAGGCCACAAAAAGCUUGGAGGAUAAGUGUAUUGAGUACGAGUCCUAUGUGACCCAAGUAAAUAGUACCAUAUCACAGAAGGAAAGUGAAAUUGUAUCUUUACGCGAAGACAUUGCUAUAUUAAAUAGUGAAAAGAAACAGCUGGCAUCAGAAAUUCAGGAAACAAGACAAGAAUUACUGAGUAAAGAGCAAACAAUAUCAGAAAUAGUUUUGCAGUUAGAUUCUGCAAAAGAGGAAAAAGAACAACUGUUGAAGGAAGUCAGUGUACUGAAAGAAGGGGGGGAUGAUUUUGUGAAAAAGGAAAGGGAGCAACUAAUGAAUGAAAUAGAUAGACUUAAAAAGGUUGGGAAAGGAAAAGCUGCAAAGGUGCAAAAGUUUGAGGAGAUUGUGGCAAAACAGGAGCAGAUAUUAGCUGAAAAAGACACUGAUGUGUUGAUGCUCAAAGAACGUGUCAAAGAACUGUCUGAGAGUCUUCACCAUGAAUCUCAAAUGGUAGAUGAGUUGGAAGUAGAGGCUGAAAGGUCCCGAUACUGGGAGGACAAAUUUGCUGAAGUAGACAGGAAAAACCAGGAACUAAAUAAACAAAUUGAGGAGAAUAAUGCAAUGCAUAGUUUAGGUGAUAAGAUGGAUGAAUCUUACUCCAUGUCUGUUCAGAGAGUUGAAGCAGAGGUGAUAGAACCAGUGUUUGCUGCUCAGUCUAUGCAAUCCUUGAUGACAAGUACGCCGAAACGACAGGAAGGAAAGAUGGAAGAACGAAUGAAACAACAAUAUGAACAAGAUGUUCAAAUGAUAAAAGAACAGGCUGAACAAGACAAACAUGAACUAGAGACUUCCCUGAACAAACUCAAAACUCUUUGUAAAGCCAAGGAUGCAAAAAUAGCCAAAUUGACAAAGGGAGGAAAGGUUAAAGGGAAAGGGGCGGAUGUUACUGCACCAGAUGUUGACAUAUCCACUCUGAUGUAUGAGUUGGAAAAUUGCAAAAAGGAAGUGUCGGUGAAAUGUAGUGAAAUUGAAUCCCUAGAAAAGUCAUAUAGAGAGGAUCAAGAAAAAAUGGCAUCACUGCAACAAAACUUCAACACUAUCCAAGCUAGUGUAGAGGUGAAGAAUGAAGAAAUUGUCCAACUGAAGGAACAACUUCAAGGCUAUGGUGAUUGGCAUGAAAAUGCUGUAGCAGACCUACAGAAGAAAAGCGAGGAAAAAGACGCUUUGUUGGUCCAGUGGCAACAAUAUGGAGACAAUACACAAAAGCAGAUUGCCUACCUUAUGCAGUUUGAGGCUCAGUGUCAACAAUUGCAGGCUGAAUUGGCCAGUGUAAAGGAAACUAUGGAGAACUUGGAAGUAGCCAAGCAAGAAAGUUUAAACAAGGUGAUUUCAUUGGAAGGUGAGAUUGAGGACAUGAAGGCUGAAUUAGACAAAAGCUCAGGAAAUGAUGAAAUGUAUCGCCAGUUGGAAGUGAAGCACAUGGAACUUCAGAACCUUGACAAGUCUCGAGUGGAUGAUCUCGCUUUUAAAGACCAAGAGAUCAUGUCAAUUAAAGAGGACAUGGACAAUUUGAGGUUGACACAAUCAGAUGUUGUGAAGGGAUUACAUAUCCAAUUACAGGAAAAAGAUGUUGAAUUAUCAAAUAUGCAACAUGCCCUGACACUUUCUCAAGACAAUCAGUUAGGAAACCAAGCCAAACUUGACCAUAUCAGUACCACGCUGUUACAGAUAGUCGAUGACUAUGAUGGUAACCAAGGAUCUUUAAAGAUGGAGGAUGUCAAUGAAACCAAGUUGGAUGCUGUUGAAAGAUGUCUGCCACUUACAAGGAAGUUAGUUUCUCAUUUAAGAACUGCAGUUGAGGAGCUGACAGAAAAAUGUCGGGAGAAAGAUGAUUGUUUGUCGAUUCUAAAUAAUGAAAACAAAAAUUAUUCAGAUAGAGCAAGAAAUUUAGAGCACAGCCUUCAACAUUUAGAACAGUCCUAUAAGGAAAUUCUUUUUGAUGUUGAAAUGAAGGAUUCUAAAAUUUCCUCCUUGGAGGAGGGUAUCAGAAUAAUGCAGUCAACUGGCCAGAACAGUGAACAGUCUCUACAAGACAAAGCUUUAGAAAUUCAUGAACUGCAUACUCAGAUUCAACGUCUUAAGGAUAAUUUAUCUCACCAAGGUGGGGAGAUGCAGAAUCUACAGGAACUGUACUCUAGUCAGUGUGAGAAACUUGAAGAGACGUUAGAGUCCAUGGAAGAAGCGGGGCAAAUAUAUGGUCAACGACUCCAGCAAAAAGAGGCCCAUAUCUCAGAGCUGAAAGAUGAGAUCAUGCAACACAAACAAGCUACACUGGAAGUAUUGCAGCAAGUAGAUGGGAAGGAAUCCCAGAUCAGCGAGCUACAGAACAUCACGCGAAACUUAGAGGAAUCAAAUUCCAAGCUUCAUGCUGAUAUUGGAGAAAAAGAUACAAUGAUGAGUAAUUAUGAAAUGAAAAUGGCGAAUAUGGAGAAUCAGCUCCAGAAACAAAUUAAUUCAACACGAGAUUUUCAGCAAAUGUACAAUGACCAAAUGGAAAAACAAAAUCAAAUGAUGAAAGAUAUUGAAGAGUUCAAUGAUGCCAGCUCAAUACGGUUACAGGAAAAAGAGGCUGCACUUUUAGAAUCCAUGAAAUUGAUGAGUCAGGCACAGGCAUCACAGAAGGAGUUAGAAACGGCUAACUUGUCUUUAAGAGAUAUGUUAGACAGCAAGGAAGCUGAGUUAUCAGUUGUACAACAAACAUUGGCUCAAGCUGAGGAAUCUGUAGAAACGAAUUUGAAAUUUUUGAGUGAACGCGAAGGUGUUAUUGCUGAACUUCAGAGCAAUUUGACAAAAUCUGAGGGAUUUGUUAGGAGCCAAGCAGUCAGUAUUUUAGAACUGGAAAAUAAGCUUGAGUCCUUAACUCAGGAAUUAAAAAUGUCACAGGAAACGUCAAGCCAUUUUCAGGAGACUAUCAUUGAAAAAGAUUCUGCUCUUCAGAAACAACUUCAAAUAUGUGCAGAUCAAAAUGACAAUUUGCAGAGUUUGAAUUUAGAUGUAAGUCAGUUACAAAAUCAACUGAAGUCUGUUGAAGACAAUCUGCAUCAGUCGGAAGAACAGACCCGAAAUAAAAAUGAGGAACUCGCGGCAUUGAGGCAAGAACAUCAAAGUCUACUUGGAGAAUACACCAUGAGGAAAGAUUUUCAAACUUCUGUCGAAAGUCAAAUGCAGAUGGAAAGAGCACAGCCAUUGAGGUCAUCACCUUCGGAUAAAGAUGGAGUUCCACAAGAAAUUGUGGACGAUAUAAUCAGAGAAACAUCUGUAUCCUUGGAAUCGGUUCCCAAAGAUAACUCAAAUAUGGAGGAAUUGAAUGUUCAGAUUCAAAACUAUGCAGAAGCAGCGAGUCAGCUACAGAUGGACUUAGAGAAAAUGGAGGAAGAUCUGGAUAAGUCCAAGUCUGAUUUGGAAAAAUCCAAUCUAGAACAGGAGAGGUUGAGGUCAGAGUUAGAAAGGUCAAAUAAGGAAUUGGAGGAGUCAAGGUCAGCCUUAGAAAGGUCACAUAAGGAGUUAGAGGAGUUGCAGUCAAAGCUAGAAAGGUCACAGAAGGAGUUAGAGGAGUCAAGAACAGAAAUAGAAAGGUCACAAGAAGAACUGGAUAGGUCAAGGUCAGAGUUUGAAAGGUCAUAUAACCAUUUAGAGGAGAUGACAUCAGAGAGGGAAAGAUCAAAAUUAGAACAAGAAAAGUUGAAGUCUGAACUUGAUCAAAGUAAAAAUGAUUUAUUAGAGCAACAGAAAGCUCUGGCACAAUCACAAGAGGAGGGUCGUUAUUGGAACACUGAGGCUGAACAUUUGAAAGGCUCUUUAGAAAAUGUCACUUCAACAUUGGAAAGUUUAAAAGCUGGAGCCUCAGACACUGAAACCGAGUUAGUCCAGACUAUUGAAAAACUAAACAAUGACGUGACAUCACAGAACCAGGAGCUUGUUAGAGUGAGAGAUGUAGAGAAAGAAUUGAGAUCAGAUCUGGAAAUUCUUCAACAGCAGACAGAGAGCGAAUCACAGAUCAAAAGACUAUUGCAGGAACAGUUACAACAGACAGGCAUCGAACUGCAGAGUUCAAAACAAGAUCUAGACAUAUUACGGGAGGAUUGGUCCAAGGACAGGCAAAAUCUGGAACAGCAGCUUCAACACACAACAGAACAGUCACAGGAGAAACAGGUGAAGAUUGAAUCACUUUUAGGUAAUUUGCAAGAAAUGGAGGAAAGAUUUACACAGAUAGAAAGCAUGGAAGAAAAAUUAUCUCGUAUGACAAAUGUCCAGGAAAAAUGUGACGAACUACAAGCUAAAAUUCUUGCCCAUGAAAGUGAAUUAGAGAGCAUGAAGAAAACUGCAGCAGAUAAGGAACUCCAGUUCAAAAAAGCUCUUGCAACAGCCAAAAAACUGAAGUACCAGCUUACGCAGGCAAAUCUUGCCAAGGAUGAAUUGGCUGCAAAACUGGAGGCUAUAGGUAAACAAGAUCAAGGUUCAAAUGACGAGGGAUCCAAAACUGAUGAGAGCUCCGUAGAGCAAGAUACCAGCAUGAAUGAAUCUGUUUUGAAUAGCUCUACAAAUCAAGAGAAUAAAGAUCGUAUCAGUGAACUCGAAAGUCAGCUAGCGACACAUGCAGAAUUCUCACAUCAAAUGCAGGAGAGGAUCCAAAACCUCACAGAGUCUGCUGCUGCAGGGGAGAGAGAGCUGAAAGUAAAGGAUAACCAAAUUGUUCACAUAAAAGAAGAGUCGAGUGUUCUGCAAGAUGAACUUACCAAGUAUGUACUGGAGAAUGAACAAUUACAAUGCAGUUUACAGGAUCAGGAGAAAACAAUAAGUGAAUUUUCUAUUUCAUGUCAAGAGAAAGAAAAUAUGUGUUCAGAACUUAGGCAAAGGCUUGCUGAUGUUAUGGACCAACAGGUCCAAGCUGAAUCAAAACAAAGCAGUAUGAAGUCUGAGCUUGUUUCCUUACAGGAUACAGUGAGAAUGAAUAGCAAUGCUCUUGAAGAAAAAGACAGCUUAUGUCAGAUGCUUCAAACACAGGUGUUAGAGCUCUCCUCUAAACUGCAAGAAGUCAACCAUGACGCUGAAACUCAAUCUGCAACAGAGAUGAAAAAUCUUCAAGAUGUGGUAAGAGAUCAGAAAGAUACAAUCGAACACAUUUCACAACAGAUCAAACAAUGUGAGGGGGCAUUGCAAGAAAGGGAUGACAAGUUAAAUGACCAGAACUCUCAUGUGGUGAAUCUGGAGUCAUUACUACAGUCAUUACAGGGUGAAAUUCGGGAAAAAUGUGAAUUAGUGACAAUGCUGGAGAUCAGUGUACAGGACCUCAGUCAGGAGAAGGCUCAGUUUGAGGAAGCAAAACAGACAUUUGUUAAGGAGGCUGCAGAGACAAAAGAAGGUCUGGACCAAUUAUCACAGGAACUGGAAAGGGCCAGUCAGAAAAUUGUACAACUAACAAGUGAUUUGGAAAAUAAGGAACAAGUGUUGAUAUCUGUUUGUGAUAAUGUUAAGAAUGUUCAUCCUAUUGUAACAGACAAGGCAAGCAGUGCUACUGCAAUGGAGGAUGUUUUGGCCUGUAUUAGAACAGUGAUAGACACACAAACUGCUGAGGUGGUGCAACUACACACCCAGCAACAGUCUUUGGCAGAGCAGAUCACUGCUCAACAAGCCACUCUGGAACAGCAGAAUGUGUUGGAACAGCAAAACACUUCUCUACAUGACAAGCUUAGGUCAGAAAUAGAACAGCAGUCUAAAAAUUUAGAAUCAGAGCGUACAGACCUUACAGAUAGAAUUGCUGCCUUGGAUAAGUACAAUUUACAAUUAACCAAUCAGAUCUCUCAAAUCCAAGAUGAAAAUUCUAAACUUACCAACCAACUGACAGCACUGCAAGGAGAACAUAGUGAAAUAGAAACUCAGCUAAGAACUCUUCAAUCUGUGGAGGAAGAAAAGGUACAGUUAGAGAACCAAAUCCAGUCUGCAAACUUAGAAAUUAACAGCUUAACUCAACAAAUUGAUGAUCUUCAAAAUGACAAGGAAUCCUUGAUGAAAGAGCUUUCUGUGUUGUCAGAUACGGGAAAGGAAUCCGAGCAGUUAAGAUCAUCAUUGCAAGAAUUGGAACAAGAAAAACCUCAGCUUUUAUCAGAACUUCAGAUUGCUAAGAAUGAUGUGCUGCAGCUUCAGACAAAGUAUGAAGAAUUAGAGUUGGAAUUGGACCAAAUUAAAGGGGAAGCAACUCAGAAAAAGAAUAUAAAUGACCGACUUGUGGUAGAAUUGUCAGAAAAAUCGGAGGAAAUCAAUGAAAUCCAGGGACAGUUUUCACAACUCUUGGCAAAACUUGAGUCUGUCAGUGAUGAAAACCAUCAGUUACGGGAGAAAGUGUCAAGUUUAUCAACUGUUCAGUGCAAGCCUGAAACUGAAGCCAAACUCAGUGAUGUUGCUGAUAGUGGAGAUGGAUGGGGUGAUUGGGGGGAGACUAUUGAAAAAGAGCAUGUACAACUAUUGAAGCAAUCAGCUCCGGGAGAGGUAGAAACAAUUUCCUCUGCCAAUGAAAGCAUCAAAGAACUAGCAGAAUUAAAGGAGAAAUAUUCUGAAUUGCAAAAAGACCAUGACAAAAUAGCAAAUAAUCUUCAAGCUACAGAAUCAAAGUGUGAGAAGAUGUUGCUGAAAUUGAAGGCUUUCAAAGCUAAAAAUGAGACCCUACAGACAGAAGUGAAUCAGAUGAAGGAGGAACUAUCACAGUCAGCACAAUCACUGGAGAAAGACGAGGAAAGGAUGAAGCUGCGACAGGAAUUGUCUAGUUUGUCGGAACAAUUGCAGGAGGAAGUUCAAAAGAAUCAAACAUCUCAACUAGAUAAGGAAAACAUGGGGACGGCCAUGACAGACCUUCAGAUGACCUUGACACAGGAACAAAAUAGAAAUCAAGACAUGGUCAAUACAUUGGAGACUUUGACUAAGGAGAUGGAUGCCUUAAGGACACAAAUGGCUGCUACUCAAAUGCAGAAGGAUGAAAUGUCAAGUGCUUUAGAGAAAGAAAAAGAAGAAUAUCUUUCAGAUCUCAAGUCAUUAGAGGACACCAAUAAAAAGCAGCAGACAGAAUUAAACCUCUUACAGAAAAGGAGUGAUUCUUCGCAGUCAGAUUUGGCAACAAUGGAAUUGGCCUUGGAGUCAUCGCAACAGAAGGCAACUGAUGCAGAAAGACAGUUGAAGGAUAGUUUAUCACUGUGUGAUUCUUUGGAAAGUGAGAAUAAGACUUAUCAGGAGAUAUUGGAGAAUAUGAAAGCAGCCAAUCAAAAGCUUGCUCGAGAGAAGGAAAUGGCGGCUAUUGCUUUAAGGCAAUCACAGGAAAAAAGUCAGAAUAUCACUCAAAACUCAGACAGUUCUGUGGAAGAGAUUCAAAACCUUAAUGUAAAAAUUGAAGAACUUAAUAGAGAAGUGAAAGAGGUUCAGAGUCUGAAGGAGAAGAUAAAGGAACUGGAAACAGAAAGGGAUGAAAUAACUGAAGAAAUGGACGGACUUCAGCAAGACUUGAUAGUAGAGAGGAAGGAGAAGAAGACCUUGAAAGAAGAAGUAGAAUCUGUAAAACAGCAACAGGUUCAACACUCUGGAGUGUCUGAGGAAGAAGUGAUCAACUUGAAAGAACAAGUGAAACUUCUGAGCGACAAGAAUGAUGGACUGAAUUGGAAAAUUGAGGAACUCACAGCAACAGAGGAAGAAUUGGGCAGUGUUCAAACAGAGCUUGACUUGACUAAGGCUGAACUCUCAAAAGUGGUCAAAGAAAAAGAGCAUUUAAUAGAGGAGACUAGUCGAAUGUCUCUUCAUGCCCAGUCAAUGGGGGAGAACCAGAACAAUGCUUCCAGCGAGUGGAGGAUCAAAGACGAAGACUACGACAACAAGCUGAAGAGGAAGAUUGAGGAGUGUCAAGAUCUGGAAGAGAAGUACGAUUCUCUCAUGGAAGAUCUCAACGAGUCAAAUUCAGAAAAUGAUGAAUUGAAGUUCAAGUGUGUACAGUGGAAAACGAAGGCGGAGUUGUAUGAUGCUAUGGAAGAGGAAUAUAAAGUUAUGAAGGAUAAAUAUACCAAGAUACUGUCAGAAAAACAGACCACAUCUUCACAGUCUGGUGCAGAUUCAUCUCAGUCACAGAACACUAAAGCCCUGGAAGAAAAGUGCAGCAAGCUGGAGCAACAGGUGAAGGAACUGGCUUCAACUAGUCACAAAGUCGUUGAUGGUGAGGACUUGCAACAGAGACUUGAGGAAAUGGAGGAGAAAUAUGACUCGGUGAUGGAAGAAUUAAAUGAGGCGAUGACAGAGAACGAUAAUAUUACAAAACAAAUGCUGGAUUCAAAACUCAAAGCAGACCUGUAUGAUGCCAUGGAAAAUGAUUACAAAUCAAUGAAAGAUAAAUACACUAAAGUUUUGACUGAAAAACAGCAGUUGGAAACAGAAAUAUAUGACUGGAGGCAGGCAGGCAACAUAGUGAAAGAGGCUCCUAGAGCUGUUCAUGAGCCUAUGGUUGUUCAAGAGGUUCUUGUGCAGGCAGAACAUACACCAGGAACAAUGUCUUCAAGACUGCCAGAUGGUUCAGAUGAACUGGAAAAACUGAAGGAAGCAUUUGAAGAAUUACAAGAGAGAGAAGAGUCAUUGGUUGAGGAACUGAAUGAGGCAAAUGUUGAAAACAACACUUUACAGGAGAAAGUAUUGCUGAUGACACCCAAGGUCCAGAUGUUUGAGAAAUUGGAGACGGAAUAUCAAAGCAAUGUAGACAAAUAUAACAAAGUCUUAUCUGACAACAGUAACAUGGCACAACAGAUUGAAGAAUUACACCACCGACUUCAAACCAGCACAGAAGCUGAUAAGGAUCUCAGCUAUGUCAAGGAAGAGCGCGACCACUAUGGUCGAGAACGGGAAAAUCUCACGAAACGCAUACAGCAACUGGAGGGCCAGUGUCAGAGUCUGUCGGACGAGAGUGUUGGACUGAACCAAGAGGUCCUGAAGCUAGAGGGUGAUAACCAACAGUUGGUGUUUGACAACAACACACUCAGAGCACAGCUUGGUAUUUCCAAGGGAGGAGGCGAGAGCACCAAAUACCAGAACGAGUACAAGAAACUCCAGGAGCAGUUCAACAUCGCCAUCACACAGAAAAACCAGGCUCAGAAAGAAGUGAACCAAUUCGUACAUCGACUACAACAGAGAGACAGUCGCUGUCAACAACUUGCGAUGCAGGUGAGCCAGUUAGCAGAGGAUCGUGGGUACUUGAACAAACAGCUUGGCCAUCUGUCCAAGAGUCUGCGGGAACGUGAGACACAACUACAGGGACUUCAAGAGGAGUAUCGCGUACUGUAUCAGGCUCACAUAGAGACACAAGCGAAGUUAAUGGAAACAGAAAAGAAGAAUGUAUCAGAGGCAAUCCAUAGGGCUUCAACUCCACAACCUACAGACAUCAAGGUUAAGUCAGAGGUCAGCGACACUGUAGAGGUCAAGGUUGUUGAUGAUGAAAAACCAACAGUUACUAUUGAUGCAAGUGAAUUGGCAAGGAUAAAGAACAGACUUGGAGAGGUGGAACUUGCCUGUGUCCAGUAUCAGGAAUUUACUGGUCGGCUUGAAAGGACACUGACUGAGGAGCGUGACACCAGGAUACAGAUGGAGGAAGCUUUAGCUGCGAGUCAGGAGAUGCUGCGAAAGGCUGGCAACCCUCAAGAGUUUCACAUGGAAAUUGGUGACGAGGAUGAGGACCUGGCAAGGAUCAGAGAACACAGUCCCAUGUUGAUGCGACACGGAUCUGGUUACUUGAGCAGGGUACAGCGCUGGUUACGUGUUCAACGGGAAUACUUCUGCCUUUCCAGCCGCCAGCUGAACCGUGCCAUGAGGAUGAGACCAGGGAUCCGUACCAUGAUGUGGGCUUACUUUGUCUUCAUCCAUGUCCUCAUGCUUGCCUGUGUCUUCGGAUUUCUCUAAAGCCCGCUUCACGGUGGUCAUUAACACUCUGAGACCGACAACAUCCAUCAGCUAUGUGACGAACAGAUGGAAAAUCUUUCCCGAUUAAGUUACAAUAUUUAGUCAGUCUCAUCCAUAUGAUAAAAUAGGGUACUUUUUUAUUAAGAGUACUUAAUGUUAUUUUAGACAGAAAUGUUUAAUCUCUUGGGGAAAUUUGUAUCAUGCAUGAUUACCAUUUUAU